GCCUUACAUCUCAACUAUUCCUUAGUUACCACCCAUUCUCACAAAACCAUCAAAAUGACUGGAGGCGGCAAAUCCGGCGGCAAGGCCAGCGGUUCCAAGAACACGCAAUCUCGUUCUUCCAAGGCUGGACUGGCGUUCCCCGUCGGCCGUGUUCAUCGUCUGCUUCGCAAGGGAAACUAUGCCCAGCGCGUUGGUGCCGGUGCUCCCGUCUACCUCGCCGCCGUACUAGAGUACCUCGCUGCCGAAAUUCUUGAGUUGGCUGGCAACGCCGCUCGCGACAACAAGAAGACACGUAUCAUUCCUCGUCACCUUCAGCUCGCGAUCCGCAAUGACGAGGAGUUGAACAAGCUCUUGGGCCACGUCACUAUUGCCCAAGGCGGCGUCCUCCCCAACAUUCAUCAGAACCUACUGCCCAAGAAGACCGGUGGCAAGGGUGGCAAGCCCGCUAGCCAACCACUCUAAGUUCUGCUUUUAUUUUCGCGUUCAUUUCCGGUUCAUUGCUUUGGGUUGGCAUGCCAUUGGGGUCCGGGUCCAGGGUUCAGGGUCGUUUUUGUUUUGCGGUUUAUCUGCGUUUGGGUUGUACAAUAAUCCCCAUGGCUUAUGGUCGUUAUGGUCAUGAAUGAAAAUACAUUUUUAAGAUG